CACAGCUGCUGCACUGAACAUGGAUGCUAACAUUGUUGUGAUGGGAACUGAAAGUGUUGGGAAAUCAGCUCUGACUGUGCGCCUCUUAACUCGGAGAUUCAUUGGAGAAUACGGAGAUAUAGAGUCUAUCUACAGUCACACUUUUGUGUUGGACGGGAGGGAAAUAACUCUCAAUAUUUGGGAUUCUCCCAUAUCUGAGGACUCAUCUGUGGAGAUGUCACUCUUUGAGAAGAAGGUUCAGUGGGCAGAUGGCUUUGUUCUUGUCUACAGCAUCUGUGACCGAGCCAGUUUCAACACUGUGAGCAGGCUGAUCCAAGCUAUCAAGUCCACUAAAGACUACCUGAAUGCAGACAAAGUGCCCAUAGUGAUUGUGGGUAAUAAAAGGGACCUCCACCACAGGAGGAUGGUGCUGAGCGAGGAGGGCCGCCUGCUCGCUCUUAAAACAGACUGCCUCUUCUACGAGGUGUCGGCGGCAGAGAACUACCACAGCGUGCUCAUGAUGUUUCAUGGGCUGGUGGGAAGGAUGAAGGAUGCUAAACUGACCAUGAAGAAACCUUUCGGGUUCAGGGGAAUAGUUAAAAGCAUGUCAGCAGUGUUUGCCAGGAGACGGACCGACUCCUUUUAGUCACACAGAGACAGAACAGGAAGUUUUCUGUUGAACUGCAUGAGACAGGUUAUGUGCAAAACUGCAUGUGCAAAAAACUAGCGGGACAUCAAAGUCUGCCAGAUGAGCCACAUACUCUUGAGCCGAAGAUGCCUCACUGUGACAGACUCCAGAGACGUAUGAAAGACUUCAAAGAAGAAAAAGCCAUGAGGCUUCGUGAAGUCAAAACAAUGUCAUGGUAGCAGAUGUUUUCUGGUGACAGGCUUCGAAGAUCACUGCACUUCUAGGACAAAAGACAGUCGAAACUGCAGUGUCAUUCAUCAUAAAGACACUUAUUUACUAUGGUUGGCAGCCUGCCAUGAAAAAUGUGGAAGUUUAGACACAAGCUAAAACUUCUUAUGGAAGACAAUCUAUGCACUGAAUAAAAGUCUUGUUACUAAAAAUUAUUACCAAGAAAAUGUUCAAAAUUAAAGUUCUGUAAAUGUGACUUUUGUAUGUCCAGAAUAGUGUCACGCUAAAUCCUGUCAUUAAUUAAAGAUUUUAAAGAUAUUUGUAUUUAUUGAAGUCUUAACACUGUAAAGGAAAACAGCACAAAUGUAUUCAUUUAUGCGCUCUACUCUGUACAGUUUAUUGAUUAUGGGUUGAUAAUUGCAUUGAUUGUCCUAACAUUGUGCUAUGGACUUCAAGGAAUUAAUAAA